AUUUGCGUUUUCCGGCAGAGUGGCGGAACAGUCCUAUCAUUUGGUGCCAUUUUGCGACAUCUCCGUGCGACGCUCAGCGGCAGUGAGGCUGUCAUGGCGUCGCCCUUCAGUGGGGUUCUACAGCUGACCGACUUGGAUGACUUCAUCGGGCCGUCUCAGAAUUGUAUCAAGCCUAUGAAGGUGGAUAAGAAGCCAGGAAGUGGCAUAGCCAAGAUCCACAUCGAAGACGAUGGGAGUUAUCUCCAAGUGAACCCAGAUGGAAGAACCCAGAAGCUGGAGAAGGCCAAGGUCUCCCUGAAUGACUGCCUGGCAUGCAGUGGCUGUGUCACUUCAGCAGAGACUGUUCUCAUCACCCAGCAGAGUCAUGAGGAGCUGAAGAAGGUUCUAGAUGCUAAUAAGGUAGCAGCACCCGGUCAGCAGCAGCUGGUGGUCAUUUCCAUCUCGCCCCAGUCCAGAGCAUCACUGGCUGCCAGGUUUCAGCUGGAUUCCUCAGACACUGCCAGGAAAUUAACUUCCUUCUUCAAAAAAAUAGGGGUACACUUUGUCUUCGAUACUGCCUUCGCAAGGAACUUCAGCCUUUUGGAAAGCCAGAAAGAGUUUGUGCAGCGAUUCCGAGGGCAAGGCAACUCCGGAGAGGCUUUGCCCAUGCUGGCUUCUGCCUGCCCAGGCUGGAUCUGCUAUGCUGAGAAGACACAUGGCAGUUUCAUCCUCCCCUACAUCAGCACAGUCCGGUCCCCACAGCAGGUUAUGGGCUCCCUGGUCAAAGACUUCUUUGCCCAGCAACAGCAUCUGACUCCAGACAAGAUCUACCAUGUGACAGUGAUGCCCUGCUACGACAAAAAGCUGGAAGCGUCCAGACCUGAUUUCUUCAACCACAAGUACCAGACCCGUGACGUGGACUGUGUCCUUACAACAGGAGAAGUCUUUAGGCUGCUGGAGGAAGAAGGAAUCUCACUCUUGGAGCUGGAGCCUAUGCCCCUGGAUCGAUUAACCAGUAGUGUGUCUGCUGAGGAGCCCACCAGCCAUCGGGGUGGAGGCUCAGGAGGCUACCUGGAGCAUGUGUUCCGGCACGCAGCCCAAGAGCUCUUUGGAAUCCAUGUGGCUGAAGUUACCUACCAACCCAUGAGGAACAAGGACUUCCAGGAGGUGACAUUGGAGAGGGAAGGCCAGGUGCUGUUGCGCUUUGCUGUGGCCUAUGGUUUCCGCAACAUCCAGAACCUUGUGCAGAAGCUGAAGCGAGGCCGCUGUCCCUACCAUUAUGUGGAAGUCAUGGCCUGCCCUUCAGGCUGCUUGAAUGGAGGGGGCCAGCUCAAGGCUCCAGAUGUGCAAGGCAGGGAGCUCCUCCAGCAAGUGGAAAGACUAUACAGCAUGGUAAGGAGUGAGGCACCCGAAGAUGCACCUGGGGUCCAGGAGCUGUACCAGCAUUGGCUGCAAGGUGAGGGCUCUGAGCAGGCCAGCCGACUACUACAUACACAAUACCACGCCGUGGAGAAGACCAACUCAGGCCUCAGCAUCAGGUGGUAGGAGGCCUUGAGAGUCCGUGAGAGCCCCGGGGGCCAGCACCACAACUCCUAGGAAGACCAUGUGUGUAUCAGCAACAGAGCCCACACAGAGAACACACCAAAGACCUUCAAAAUCCAAGGAUAGCUACAAGGGUGUAUUGGAUUCUGUGCUAAAGUGGGCACUAGCUGCACAUGGGUCUUUGGCAGUGCCUCUGGUUGGUAAUGUUGCCUGUGGCCUGUGCACCUCCAGAUUCCACACUGAGCUCUGCAGGGUGGAAGUGCAGGCAGGAUCUAGGUAGCCAAGGAGGCUAAAGGUCCAGUGAGGUUCUAGAAUCUUUUUUUGUAUUGUUUUGUUUUGUUUUUUUGAGACAGGGUUUCUCUGUAUUGCUUUGGAGCCUGUUCUGGAACUAGCUCUAUAGACCAGGCUGGACUCCAACUCAGAGAUCCCCCUGCCUCUGCCUCCCGAGUGCUGGGAUUAAAGGUAUGUGCCACUAAGGCCUGGCACAAGGUUCCAGAAUCUCUUCUACUGGUCUAGGGCCAUGGGCAUCUUCCCUGCCCAGCCCUCUGGGUGUAGUAGCCUGAGUAUGAGCAGUUUCAUUUCUGUGGCUAACCCCUGAAGCUACAAUGUAUAGGGCAGUUAUCAAAACUGAACCUAGUGAGGCACCUGAUCCUCUAAAAACUGGCUGCUUGCUAGGGCCUUGCUGUCUGGGCAGUCUGUCAGCACCGAGCCUGUGUGGCUGUGAGAAGUCCAUAGCUGAAUGUCACCAAGCUUGUCUCUCACCCAGCCUCAUCACUAAUAAACAGGUCUGCACCUCUGGAA